UCCGAUCUCGGAGGCGGCGCUGAUCUACGAGCAGCUCUUGACAGCGUUCCCCACCGUCGCAAAUUACUGGACCCAAUACGCCAAGGCCAUCAAAAUCAUACAAGUGUAACUCAGAGUGAGCAGCAAAAGAGCAAAACCAAGCCCCUCGACCUCCUCAAUUGCGAUACUAAUGCCCGACUUUAUCUUUCUUCCAAAAAUAACUGUUUCCUACACAAUAAUUUUUUCAACUAUCCUAUAUAAAAUGAUAAGCAGGUGAGCCGGUUAUCAUUCUUAACUAUUAGAUUAAAGAGUAUAUAUCCGACGGCCCAUAAUAUGCUGACGUGCCCAAGCAUGGUAUACUCGGAGUGUGGAAGAAUUUUCCAGUUUGCAGAAAUUGGAAGUUAAAAUCGGCGAGUCUCUUCUUCCUCCUCCUCCUAACAGGGUGCAAGUGCAAACUGUUGGACUCGCAAGUCUCUUGGUCUUUUCUUUGGAUCUGAGAUUUCAAUUCAUUCUUGUCUUGUGUUCUGUUCUGUUUUUGAAAGUGAAAGAUAAGAGAGUGAGAGAAUGGAGCAGAUUCGGUCUGGCAUGGAAGCUCACCUGGACCAAGUAGCAGAUCUCGUCCAGAAACUCUCCGCAGACUUCCGCUCUGGUCUUGGACCCGCUUUAGAUAACUUCAUUGGUUUUUUCCACGCUAUCGACUGGAAGGAACCAUGGUUGAUGGGUUUAGUGGGACUCCACUUUCUGUUGUUGGUAAUAUCCAUUCUCUCCAGGAAGAAUCUUAACUUCCAAAUGCUUUUGUUCCUUACGGCCUUGGCUGGAGUUUAUCUUGCUGAGAGGUUCAAUGGUUUCCUGGGUCAGAACUGGAAGAGUUUCGCCGGCCAGAAUUACUUUGAUUCAAAUGGAGUUUUUUUGUCAGUACUUUGGUCUGGGCCUCUUCUCGUAAUUGCAAUUAUAAUUUUGAUAAACACGCUCUUUUCCUUAUGUCACCUGAUUGUCAAGUGGAAAAGAGCUGAGCUGAGACACCGUGCACGGCUUUCUCAGAAUAAGCAGGAUUGAGCUCCUCCCAUGGUGGACAGCUGACCAAUUGAACAUGGAGUUCUUUUCUUCUUUCACUUUCCUAGAUUCUUAUUUUUGGGUGGUGCUAUGGUUACAAUAUAGAUGCUUGUUGGGUAGUAUUUCCCUUAUAGUUAUGAACGGUGUAAAUGACCAACUAAGUAAUGUGCUCAAGCUUCUAAUACCUUUAGUUUGUCUUUUGUAACAUUACUUCAUUGACGAGUUGAGUUUAUAUAUUUUUAUGUUUUUUAAUC